AUGGAUCUGUAUGAAUUGUUCUACACUACACUCUGGUUCCUUGGCAUACUGUCAUCUAAAUCACGCUCCUUUCGCUUUUCGCUUAUUCCUCUGUUUCCUUUUCAUUCAUUCUUUCUUUCUCUCUCUACUUCGCCAUGUUUAGCCGAAGGUCUGGACGAGAGCGCAAUCCAAUGGAUCAAUCAGGGAUCCAAACCAAAGCUUGAGGUUGAAGAUCCUCCUCCUUCUCUCAUACGCUCUCCUCUGGCCGAGAAAAUCAGUACCAGCGAUCGAUUCCCGAGAUCUCCUAUUUUGAAUUCCGCCAACAGUCUCAAUUCCCCUGUUCUGCCUCCAUUGAAAUUCCACUCAGCUUUGUUACAGCCGCGCAACCUUGCAUUUGGCUACGGCGAUCACCAUGUCGACGACGACGACAGCGACGUCUGCAUGGAGGAUGCCUUCUCCGACGAAGAACUCUCUGCUCCCAGCAACCUUGAUUACUCUGACUCACCAAUUCCACCAACUAUGACGAGGAACAAUUGUUUGGAUCUAAACCCAAGGGGCAAGGGGCGCUGUGGAAUUCUCAAGACCGGUUUAGCCAAUCAAAACCUAACCAUUCAGGUUCCAUGCAGUGUCAGAAGAUUCACAGAUGGAGAAGUCGGUUUCAAUAAUGUGUUCAAGGAAAACUCACUCCAGUUGGUGGCGCUGUUCGGUCUCGAAAGAAAUUUCACCGUUUCGCAAUGUGAAACGGCUGGCAAUAGUCAAUAUGCCUGGCAAACCCUUAUCACUUAUGACGCCUGCAUACGCUUAUGUCUACAAGCAUGGGCAAAAGGAUGCACUGAGGCUCCAGAGUUUUUAAAAGACGAGUGUCUGGCUCUCCGAGGUGCCUUUGGAUUGCACGAGUUUUUGUACAACCUCGAGGGAAAGCUAACUGAAGGGAAAAAUACAAGAAACUCAGAACAAAUAGUUCCCCUGAAGAUUAAGAAAGUUUUAGGGAAAAUCAGGGUGGAAGUGAAGAAACUCCGCAUUAUACCUAGACAAAAACUUAAGAUCACAAAGUCACAGAGGGGAUCACACUACAUGCAGGCUGGGGUGGAAUAUGUACGGCAUGUUUCAUCACUUGUGAAAACUGGCAUAAAUUCUAUGAAGUCGGCCACCUUCUCACUGGCAUCAGAAGAGCCACUACAUUGUUUAAUCCAACUUAAGAGUACAACGGAAGAAAAUGAAUCAGAGUCCAUCUUCUGGCAAUUCUUUUGCGCCCUGGAAGUGGGAGAUUACAAUGACUUCUGCUUUUUAAGAUGGCAAUUUACAUGUGUAUUCUUUGAGAAACUAAAAGUUACAAUCACACAUCUUGGAUUUCUUCCAUUGUUGAAAUAUAAUCAUAAAAAUCUUGCACUGAUUUGUAAUUUCAGUUUCCCAUUGAGCCAAGGGGAUGCUUUAAUUGUAGAAGUCCAAGAUUCCAAAAAGGCAGUCCAUGGUGAAGCAAGAAUUCCAAUUUCAUCCCUCAGUGAUAAUCCUAGUGACCGAAUUAGGUGGUGGCCAGUAUAUCACGAUGAACGUGAAUGUGUUGGCAAGAUCCAGCUGUCUAUCGGCAGCACAAUGACGAGCAAGGAGAACACUCAUAUAAGUUCUAGUGCGGCUGUUGUUGAACUGCGCUUAUGAUUUAUUAUUGGAGGGGCCAUGAGUGCGCACAUUUUCACUCCCGAACUUGCGAUAAAUGGACACUGGAAAUGGUUGUUAGAUGCAUUUGCAGACUAUUAUGGAGUUUCUAAUUCAUAUGCCAAGCUGAGAUAUCUAUUACAUGUGAUGAAUGUGGCAACUCCAACCAAGGACUGCCUAGAGCUUGUGAGAGAAUUGCUUGAACCCCUAAUAAAGGCAGAAGUGAGAGGAGUUUUGGACCAGGCAGGAGAGAGUAUGCUUUCCGACUGUGAAACUCAAAUUGAAAGUCUUCUAGCAACUGUUUUUGAGAAUUACAAAUCGCUAGAUGAAAACUCGCCAUCGCUUAACAGAUCAUUUGGUCCAUCAAUUGAGUCUGCGCACCAGCCUUGGAUCCUGUCCGUUCAAGUUUACACUAGUCUUCAUGAUAUACUAUCUCUAGAUGCUCAACCUAUUCUAAGAAACUAUCUUCAGACUGCAGCAAAAAAAAGGUGUAGAAAACACAUGAUGGAGACUGAUGAAUUUGUGUCAAGCACCUCUGAAUGUUCAAUGGAUACCAUUACCAUCUCAACGGCCUACUUGAAGAUGAAGAAUCUUUGUGUUUCUAUAAGAAAUGAAAUUCAGGCAGACAUAAAGAUCCACAAUCAGCAUACGAUCCAUGAUCUAUUUUUCAUUUUCAGUUCAAUUGAUCUCACAAACAUAACAGCGGCAGUUUACAGCACAGAGUUGUGUAAAAGGCUGAGAGCUUUCCUUUCAGCGUUGCCACAUCGAGUCCACAGGGCACAUGUAAAUGAGCUUCUAGUUGCGGCUGCGGAUUUUGAACGGGAUUUUGAGUCAUGGAAUAUAAGGUUUGGAGGAGUAGACUCCAGAAAUUUGUUCCACAACUAUAUCAUGGUGUGGAUACAGGAUAUGCAACUUAGUUUACAUUUAUGUAAAGCAGAAAAGGUGCCAUGGGCUGGAGACACAAAUCACUCCACCUCCCCAUUUGCUGAGGAAAUGUAUGAUGAAAAUCAAAGACAACCUUACCCAGUAUGAGUAGUAAUCAAUAGAUGGCCUCAAUAUCUCACUUUAUUGGAAAAUGCUGUUGCAAACAUUGAAAGGGCAAUUGUGAAAUCCCUCGAGAAACAAUACAGCGAUACCUUAACUCCUUUAAAGGAUAGCAUACCAAAGAGACUUCACUUGCAAGUUCAAAAGAUAGCUAGAAGACAAUCAGCUAGUGUUCAUUUGCUUCCUAAUCAAUUAGGAAUAUUCUUGAAUACCCUCAAGAGGAUUCUUGAUGUCCUACAUUGUAGAGUGGAAGACAUCCUAAAUUCAUGGGCCUCCUGUCUACCUGUCAUGGGUGAUAAGAAGACACUGUUUGGGGAGCAAAUGAAUGGAAUAACUGUUCUAUUGAGAACCAAAUACAAAACUUAUUUGCAAGCAAUAAUAGGGAAUGUUGUCAACAAUAUGCAAGCUAAUCGAAACACAAGGCUGAAAAAGAUUCUUGAGGAAACAACAGAAACUGAUGGAGAAGCAGAAGUCCGUGAAAGAAUGCAGUUGCUGAACUCACAACUCAUUGAUUUCAUCUCCAACGUGCAUGACGUCUUUACCAGCCAGAUUUUUAUAGCAGUAUGUCGUGGAUUAUGGGAUAGGAUGGGAGAGAUUAUUUUGAAAUUUCUGGAAGGAAGGAAAGAAAACAGGAUAUGGUACAACGGCUCGUCCUACGCACUUGGGAUAUUGGAUGAUACUUUUGCUUCUCAAAUGCAACGAUUACGAGGAAAUGCGUUGCAAGACAAAGAUAUUGAGCCUCCUCGCUCAGUGAUUGAAGCUAGGUCUAUUCUUUGUAAAGACACGGCAAAUGCAUCCGAUCCAUCUAAUUACUUCUACAUAUAAUUUAUUUAGCUUUAGCUAUAAAUAUAUAUUCCCAAAUUUCCCUGAUAUUGUUGAGAGGGGUGGGAGAUUAUUCUUUGCAUGUAAAUGUAAUAAUGUAUGUAAGGUCAGGUUUCAGAACUCUACAUUCAUUUUAUUCUUUUUGCAUGUAAAAUGUAAUAAUAGACUUUUGUUCAGUCCCAUCAGAGGUCGUUCUUUA